CGGGCCGGAGGCGCGCGCCUGCGAGCUGAUGUCGGGGCUGCGGGCGCUGCUGGGCUUCGGGCUGCUGGUUGCCGGCUCACGCCUGCCUCGAGUCAGAAGUCAGGCCGGCGCCUGCCGCGCGGGCCCCACGUGGUGGGGAACGCAGCGGCUGAGCGUGGGUGGGCCCCGGGACCCAGAGGCCAUGGCGAGCACCGCGGUAAAGUACCUGAGCCAGGAGGAGGCCCAGGCCGUGGACCAGGAGUUGUUCAACGAGUACCAGUUCAGCGUGGACCAACUUAUGGAGCUGGCUGGGCUGAGCUGCGCUACAGCCAUUGCCAAGGCAUAUCCCUCCUCGUCCAUGGCCAGGAACCCCCCUACUGUCCUGGUCAUCUGUGGCCCCGGCAAUAACGGAGGAGACGGUUUGGUCUGCGCUAGACACCUCAAACUCUUUGGUUACCAGCCAACCAUCUAUUACCCCAAAAGGCCCAACAAACCACUCUUCUCUGCACUGGUGACUCAGUGCCAGAAAAUGGACAUCCCUUUCCUUGGUGAAAUGCCCCCAGAGCCCAUGAUGAUUGAUGAGCUGUACGAGUUGGUGGUGGAUGCCAUCUUUGGCUUCAGCUUCAAGGGUGAUGUUCGGGAGCCAUUCCGCAGCAUCCUGAGUGUCCUCAGUGGACUCACUGUGCCGAUUGCCAGCAUCGACAUUCCCUCAGGAUGGGAUGUGGAGAAGGGAAACUCUGGAGGGAUCCAGCCAGACUUGCUCAUCUCUCUGACAGCACCUAAAAAGUCUGCUACCCAGUUCACUGGUCGCUACCAUUACUUGGGAGGUCGUUUUGUACCACCUGCUCUGGAAAAGAAGUAUCAGCUGAACCUGCCAUCCUACCCGGACACUGAAUGCGUCUACCGCCUGCAGUGAGGCAGGUGGGUGGGAAUUCUCCUCAAUAAAGACUCAGUGCCUUUCCCAGAA